AUGUCGAGUCUGGCUCCCAAUGGCCAACUGGCCUCCAAACGGAUCAUUGUCACCGGCGGAGCCCAAGGCAUCGGCGAAAGCGUCGUUCGAGCAUUUGCCGCCGAAGGAGCCAUCGUCACGUCCAUGGAUCUGAACGACUCGCUGGGAGCUCGGGUAGCGGCCGAGGCGUCCAAAACCGGGCCAGGCAAAGUCUCGUAUCUCCCGGUGGACAUCUCUUCCAAAGAGUCGGUGACCGAGGCGUUCAACCAGGCCGCCGAAGACAUGGGCGGCCUCGACGCCAUGUUCAAUGUGGCUGGCUACCAGAGACAUGCAGCUCCCGACGACCCUCCACAGGACAUUCUGGAGCGCAUCACCAAGGUCAAUAUCUGGGGCACCAUCUACACCAACGCGACGGCUUUUGCCAUCAUGAAACAGGGAGGCAAAGGUGGCGCCAUCGUCAACUUUGGAUCGGAAGCAGGCCUGACUGCCGAACAUCACAACAGUCUGUACGGCAUGUCGAAAGGCGCCGUCCACACCUGGACUCGCAGCGUGGCUCGAGAAUGGGGCCCGUUCAAUGUUCGAGUCAAUGCUGUCUUGCCCUAUGUGGCCACUCCCAUGUACGACGCAUUUCGCGACGCGCUCUCCCCGGACGAGUUGGAGCGUCACAAGCUGCUCUUGAAGGAACAGUUUCCUCUUGGAGGCAAUCUGGGAGAUCCAACCAAGGAUCUGGCGCCGGUCCUAGUCUUCCUAGCCAGUGACGCCUCGCAUUGGAUGACAGGUCAGCUCUUCCCAGUCGACGGGGGCUAUGUUGCCGUACGUUGA